CUAUACAAGCCCGUGUUAUCGGUUUAAUAAUGUUCCUAACGUGUGUUUCAGUGUGAUGUAGUGUAAUGCAGCAGUUGAGAGAGUAUUGUGCAUGUUCCCUUUGUUUAUAUGCAACAAACGAAGUAAUUCAUUGGUGUGGUUUACUUUGACCAAACAAAUAUAUAACAAAUUAUAUUCGAAUACUGAUGCCUCUUGUAAAACUUGCCAAAGAUGUUCUUCACUAGUUUGAGAUUUUCUUCUGACCUUGUGAUCCAGUUCAUCCCAGAGAAGUUCAUUAGGAUUUAGGUGCAGUGACUGAGCAGGCCAUUACGUGAUAUAUAACACUCCAGACGACUGUUUGCUCUCUAAAUAACCCAGAGCUUGGACGGAUGCUUCGGUCAUUGUCUUGUAUGGUGAAGUCAGAUGCAGAUUUCAGUGUCCUUUACUAAAUCAGUGAAAAUAAGUCAUUCCCAAAGGUGGAUGAAGUGCACAAACCAUGUAGUUGAGUUAAAGUAGAGAUACACUCAGUAAUAUGACUCCAGUAAAAGUAAAAGUGCUUCCUUAAGACUUUAAUUCAUGUGAAAGUCCAAAAGUAUUUGCCUUAAAAUGUAAUUAAGUAUCCAAAGUACUAUGAUUCUAUACUAUACUUUAUUCUAUAAUGUUCAUAUUGUCAUUUUUGUCACAUGAAUCUAUGUAAGAAAGCAUGUAUUUAUUUACUUUUGUUUUACAUACAUAGGUGUAUUUGUGUUUUUUUUUCAUUUCCAUUUCAUUUGUGCUGUUACUAUACUUAGGUCUUGUUAGAUUUUUUAAAUUUUUAUUCCUCAUUGUUUAUAAAAAGUACAUAAAAACCAGAGGUGGGAUGUAAUGAAGAACAAAUACUUUGUUACUGUACUUAAGUAGAUUUUUCUGGUAUCAGUAUUUUACUUCAUUAUUUAUUUUUCUGCUUUUUUCACUAAUAUCUUUCAUCAUCUCACAUUUUCAACCCAGCAUCAUUACUCAUUAAAAUCUAUUUGGUGAAAUUAUAAAUAUUUUUUCUUCUCAUCGCAUGCCGUUUUUCAACCUACCACUAGUGUAUCAUUUCCUGGCUCUCACUUACCACAGAUGUAGGCUAGUUUACGAAGCAAACAACAAGCGUGGCAGAAGGCAACAAGAACUUUGGGGUUAAGGUGGCUAUGACAGAGGGAGUCAGCGACUGAGACAUUCCUGAUACCUGAUCAUCAUCAUCUUUUCUCUGCUUGUGUUCUAUAUGAUGGUUGUACAGCCUGGAUACAUUUAUUCUUUCACUUAAAGAGUAAAAGUACAAAAGUAUUUGCCUUCAAAUGUACUUAAGUAUCCUAUGUACUGUGAUAUAUUACAUCUGUAAUGUUCCUAUUGUAAUUUUUGACACAAGACUCUUUACUUAAUUAACUCAGUUUAUGUGAAAACACUGUAUCUAUUAAUAGAAUGAUAUUAAUGAGUUAAACAUAUUGAUAUCUAUUACUAUUAUCAUGAGCUCAAAACCUUAUUUUUAAGUACUUAAAAAAAUCACGCAAAUAAGAUUUUGUGGUUAGUUUGAGUCAAGAGUUUUUAUCGUUUAUUCCUCUAAAUGUUCUGCUCGCUGUUGAACUGACGCUGAACUGUAUGAUUGCUGGUUUGGUGUGUGUAUGACCAGUUACGUUUUUAUCCGCUAAUAAAUAACAAGGAACGACUGAUUUCACAAAAUGUAGUUAAAUAAAAAGUAAGAGAUUUGACUUUGAAAUGUAGUGAAGUUAAAAUAAAUCUCUUUCUAAAAGGAAAUACUUCAGUCAAUUACAGAAGUACAAAUUAUGAAGUACAUUUACUUUGUUACCCUCUACCACUGGUCAUUCAUGAAUGCAGUCAUAGACUUAUAAUUAUAUUUUCUGUCUAAACUCAUGUAGCACUCUAAGAUACAGUUGGUAGGUUGGUACUCAGGGCUCAUAAACAUUGCUGAUGGGUAAAAUAUUAACUUGAACAAGUGUUGGCUGUGAUCAUUUUAUAGGUAACUUUUUUAACGCCUUGGUGUCUGUGUGUGCUCCAACAUCUCAAUGAAGGUAACUGGGAGGGAGGGAGAUUUUUCUUUUCCAGCAACCUGAGUCUUCACACAGUCUACCUUUCAUCACAAUAUCUUUUUUUCUGUUUAUGAAGAAAUAGAUUAACGAUUAUUGUAGUUAUUAACCCAAUUCCACUAAGCUGUAUCACAGUAUCUAUCUGUCUGUCUGUCUGUCUGUCUGUCUGUCUAUUCUGUCUGUCUUUUGAAAAUGCCUCUUUAAAAAAGCUUAACAACUGUUUUGAAUUGUUUUGGCCGAUCUUUCUUUCCUUGCGAUGUCCAUCUUUUCUUGAAAAGUGCUUUUUUUGAAAAGUGCAUCUUGUAAAUGUCUUGUAAUUUCUUCUCCUCUGUCAGGUGUUGUGCAAUGAAAAACCCAUUUAAUCCACAAGAAUGUAUUUGAGCUUGUGCAGUUUGCUACAGAUGCAGUUUGCGAACUCUGACUAGUGCGUGCUCUUACCAUGAAAAUGCCGACGUUAUUGGGCGCCUGUUAGAUGGCCGUCAAGCAACAUGGAUAUUACGCUACAAACACCCGCAGUGCUGACUGUGAAGGGCUUAAUUUAGGUAUAUUUGACGUUAACACAUGAUGUGACGGCUGAAAUCGGAUUGUAUAGAAAAGCCAACUUCAAGGAGAUAAAAGCUAUGAAAUGAGGAGAAAAGAAAAAUGUAAUGCAUAUCCAUGGACAAAAAUAUAUUAGAACGAGUGUUUUCGAUGUUACGCUGGAACACCAUGGGCAGCAAGAUGCAGACCAAGAUGAGCUCCUGGACACCACUAAACCACCACAUAUCCAACAGCCAUGUCUUUGAAGAGAGGAGAAACCUCGUCGGCAAGUGGUUUGAUAAGUGGUCUGAUAGCCAAAGGAAGCUGGUGUUGCAGGAUUUCUUCUCCCGAUGCUCUGUGGGCCAGCUGAAGUUUCUUCAUCAGACUCUGUGCACUCAGGUGCCUGUGGAAGCGCUGGACUUUACAAGUGUUCUGCCCAGAAUCAUAUCCCUUUAUAUCUUCUCAUUCCUCGACCCACGAAGCCUCUGUAGAUGUGCACAGGUAAGCUGGCAUUGGAAGAGCCUGGUGGAGCUGGACCAGCUGUGGAUGCCGAAAUGCCUGAGACUGGGUUGGUGUAUAACUUUCACUCCUACACCGUUUGAGCAGGGUGUGUGGAAAAGGCACUAUGUUGAGACCGUGCAGGGGCUUCACAUAAGCCGACCGAAGACACUUGACAAGGAGGAAAUCAUCAUUCCUGAGGUGAAGGUGAUCAGCAGUGAAUUUGAGGAUCUGACUUUGGAGAACGAAGAAACGAGGCCCAGUGUCCUGAGUCAGCAUGGGCGGAGUUUACCUUCACCGAAAGGACUUCCGCCCUGGAGAGACUCAGACAGACACCCUACUGACACGAUACGCUUUAACUACUUGGACAACCUCGACCCAUUCGAGUAUGCAAGACAAGUACAAACAAGAAACAGAAGGACUAAUCCCGACACAGCGCAGGAAAGCACACAGAAGAAAGCCCUGUCUGCCUCCUCAUACAAACGCUGCAAGGCCAAGUCUAUGAUCUUGUCAUCGCUAGAGCUCGGUGCGGACAGUAAGAGACGACAGAGCAGACCUCAGUGGGCAACGCAGAGUGCUGCGCCUUUCUCCAGUAAAGACUCGGAAAACAAGAUCAGUCAAAUCCAGUGGAACGCUGGGAUACGGCCAGGUCCAGUAAGGAAUCCGGUACCCAGACUGACGAACAAGAGUCUUCAAGCUUCACUAAGAUCCCACAGGAGCACACCAACAGCGCUACUGGCUGAAGGAAAGACAGAUCUGGAGGACACCAUCCUGAGAUGAAGAGUUGCACUUUCUCGACAUCUGGUGGACAACAGUGGGAACUGCAGGAAUUUAUUGCUUUAUCCAAGGAAUAUCAGUUUGUUGUUUUUGAAGGAUUUGUAGUCAGAGGUGAUCAGCAAGACACCUCAUACAUACAUACAUGCAUAAAAUGUUUGUGUCUCCUGAAUACUUUAUAUAAAUAUAGUAUACUUAUCAUUUUUUUUGUAUUGCAAAUUUUUUUUAAUAAAUGUUUUUUGCCUUAUUAUUUGGUUUUAUCUACCUCACCAUAACCUCAGAAUCUAUCUCUCCAAAAAAGCAACUGCAAAACUGCUCUUGUUGAAAUCUUAUUCACGGUGUAUAGCAAAUGAUAGGCCCAGCUGCUCAUCCAGACUGGAUUUAUAGGUUGCACAUAUAUAUAAAAUAGCAGCAUUGUGAAAUAUUUUUAAAACAAUUAUAGCAUAAUUAUCCUUAUUUAUGCCUUAUUUUCUUACUAAAGCCUUCAUCCCCAAAUAAUUUAAUGCUUAUUACUUCCAUUCCUAUUGUGUGUAUUACAAAUCCUAAAAAAAAAAAACAAUCCUUCAUUAGUUUUUUUUUCUGUUUGUUUUGGUUAAUUACAUUGUCUUAUAAAAGA